CCCCGCUACAAGCUCUUCUCAGCUCUCAGUGCAGCCCUUGCAAAUUGAACGAAUCAAGUGUUUCGACUCUCUGUCGCCGAAUAACGCCAAUAUCCAUUCCUCGCUACGUCUGUCUGAUUAACAGGUCCUCUAACACCGAACGUGUUUUCCACGCUUUUGUAUUGCCUGCCGGCAACCGACAAGUGGACGUGACUAGUGCCCAGAUUCACGAUCUUCAUUCACGAUUCGAAUAUUUUAUCCAGUAUUCUUUGCCACAGUGCCACCCUGCAUUGGUUUCGACAGAACUAGUCAAGGGACAGUCUAAUACCGGGUUCACAAAUCACAACUAACAUUUAUUCCCUACUUUCUUGAUACGCAACGCCGCCAAGAUGGCCAUGCCAAAUGAUGUCUGGGAGGAGAUAUCGCAAGAUAUACCAUCCUUAUCAGACCCUUUUCUCAAGCAAUAUAUGGCUGGCCGAGAUCAUCUCAUGAACCAAGAAAAGUCAAAGAGAUCUGAUGCCGCAUUCCGCACUGCCCUCUCUCCAAUUGCUAAGAAAGCUUGCCGCAUUGUCGACAACAUCAGAAAUCACGAAAGGGAAACUGUAUGGACUUCUGAUCUAGAUCAGCACAAAGCUGCAGAUGGCUCUUCAAACAUAUUUCCCGGCAUGAUGUUUAUGCAUGCUAAGGAGAAGAUGGAAGGCACAAAGCUGUGGAACAUUGUGCGCCGUAUGCCAAAAGGCAGCUUACUUCAUGCCCAUCUGGAUGCCAUGGUUGAUAUAAACUUUAUUAUAGACGAGCUUAUGAAGUUGCCUGGAAUGCAUAUGUCAAGCGAUCGACCGCUUACAAGCCCAGAGGCAAUGGAAGACGCCGCCUUUAGCUUCCGCUACAGAUCUAAGACUAAAGCUACCACUUCCAUGUGGACCGACGAAUACAAGGCAAACAGCUUUUUGCCCAUCGUCCAAGUUGCUGAAGAAUUUCCCAACGGUGCCCGCGAAGGCUUUCAGAAAUGGUUGUAUAGCAGAUGUACACUGUCCGCCUCUGACAGCGAUGAGCAACGCUAUGGCAUCGAUGCAAUCUGGAGAAAGUUCGCCAAGUGCUUCCUUGUUGUCGACACAAUGAUUCAUUACGAACCCAUGUUUAGAGUCUAUCUCCGCCGCCUCAUGAGCAUGCUCAAAGCUGACGGCGUCAAUUGGGCCGAGUUACGAUCAACUUGGCCACUAAACUAUUGUCGAGACCAGCGUGAAAAGCCUGAGAAAGACUACUCUCACAUGUUCCAAGUUUUUGAAGAAGAAAUCGAACGCUUCAAAGCAUCGGAGGAGGGUAAAGGGUUCUGGGGCUUGACCUUGAUCUGGACAAGUUUGAGAAGCUUGGACACUCGAUCAAUUAUCGAGAACAUGGAUCAUUGCAUUACAACCAAGAUUGAAUUUCCUCACCUCAUUGCGGGUUACGAUGUUGUCGGCCCGGAAGACCUUGGCCGCCCCCUUAAGGACUUGCUUCCAGAGCUGUUCUGGUUCCAGAAACAGUGUGCUCAAGAAAAGGUCAAUAUUCCGUUUUUCUUCCAUGCCGGCGAGACUCUUGGCGAUGGUAACAACACAGAUUCUAACCUCUUUGAUGCCAUCAUCUUGGGAACUCGCCGCAUCGGACAUGGCUACAGUCUGUUUAAGCAUCCUAUGCUUAUUGAUAUGGUCAAAGAAAAACGCAUUCUCAUUGAGUCAUGCCCCAUCUCUAACGAAGUUCUACGCCUAUGUAGCUCUAUUCUAGCCCAUCCUCUACCGGCACUUCUAGCACGCGGAGUUGCUUGUUCUCUCUGCAACGAUGACCCUUCAAUGCUUGGACAGGAUACUGCCGGCAUGUCCCACGACUUCUGGCAGACACUACAGGGAUGGGAUAACUUAGGAUUAGCAGGCUUGGGCAGUCUAGCAGAGAACAGUGUGCGAUGGUCUGCAUUUGAAGAUGAAGACAACGCCGCCUGGGUUAAAGGAAUCCGCGAAGCUUCCGUAGGAACUGGAAUCAAGGCUGCUAGGUUGAAGGAAUGGCAGAUUGAGUGGGAACAAUUUUGUCUUUGGAUUGUGUCUGAAUACUCUGAGUAUGACACGGAACCAGAUGCCAGCGCGGAUAACGUCGAGGCAAAGGGUAAAGAUAAAGCAGUCGACGCUUAGUGCAUUAGGAGAGAGAACAAGGACCGAUUCGCGCGUGUAAGGCAUCAGGCUAUAUCACAUAACAUUGGUACACUUGAUGCCACAAAAGUUCAGUUUAGCUAGUCAUUUGACAUAAUCAUUUAUUCAUAUAAAU